UCCUUCUGAAUGAGUUCUCGUUACAAACAUUUUCUACAUUGCAGCGUUCGUCAGAUGCGGACCCGCCGCAUGUGCGUGUUUUUGCGGGUGUCGGGCCGGAAUCCCGGCAUAUGGCUGGCUGCGUCCCCUCCCCCUCCCUCCCUUCCUUCCCUCCGCAGCAGCAGGACGGAGCCGCUCAGUUUCUGAAGCCGUGGCAUGAAUGAUCUCAUCUGAACCCGAUCUCCGCUCUGCCUGUCGUCGAUCCUAUGACCGAGACAGGAACAAAAUAACGCAGAAACGAGGGACCUUCUUAAAUGACUUUCCCCCCAUUCUGCCCCUGUCAGGAAAUCUUAUUCUCUAUGCAGUCAAGGAGUAAGACCAGCUGAGCAUUUUGGUGCCACCUCUGUUUAAGGAUUAUCAUUGGCUUAAAUGUUGUGCUUGUGCAGUUCAUGCAUCUGAGUGAUCAGGAGACACAACAUGUUCCCAAAGGGCACCAAGCGCAAGUUCUCAGACCCUGUCGAGGAGCCGGCCUCCAGCGGUGACCAGGGCCCGGCAGCUCCGCCUGCAGCGGCUCGGACGCUGUCGUCGUCUUACAGCCUGCAGCGGCAGUCGCUGCUUGACAUGUCGCUGAUCAAGCUGCAGCUGUGUCACAUGCUGGUGGAGCCAAACCUGUGCCGCUCGGUGCUCAUAGCCAACACGGUCCGGCAAAUCCAGGAGGAGAUGACCCAGGACGGUACCUGGCAGAUAAUGACCCAGGCUCUGGCAGCCGCCCAGUGCCCCGCCGACCGCCUGGUGGCCACCGAGGUGCUGUGCCGGCAGACUGAAACGGGGGCUCAGCCUGGGCAGAGCCCAAAGCCCUUUCCAGUGGUUGGUUUGGAGGAGGGUUACCACUCAGAGGAGGUGGUGAUGGAGGGGGAAGUGGAGACAGAGGUCACCAUGUCCCCCCAGCUGUCUACCAACUCUUACCUGGCCGGCCCCUUUGGCAUGGGCCCCUGCUGGGACGAAGAAGACGACGACGGAGACUGUGAAGAGGAGGAGGAGGAGGAGGAGGACAGCGAGGAGUGCAUGUCAGAGGGAGACGACGCUGACCGGGAUCACCUAAGUGCAGACUCCAGGACAGGGGACCAGGUUUUUGGGACUUUUGAAAUCAAGCACCCAGCCCCGCCCCCUGACCCCGCCCUGGAGGAACUGUUUUCAGAUGUGGACCCGUCCUACUACGACCUGGAUACGGUGCUGACUGGCAUGCAGAGCACCCCCAAAAUGGGGCCUUACGACUUGCUGGAGAGCCUGUCCUCUCACACGCCCACAGCUCUGAGCUCCAGCUCCAGCUGCAGGUCAGACCUGAACGAACUGGACCAUAUCAUGGAGAUCAUCGUGGGCUCUUGAAACUCACCAUGAGCUCACAGACUCCUGCCAGACUAUGCACACGCCAUGUGCAUGCUCUGUGGUGGUAUUUCUAUAGAAUGUUGGAGGUUCGUGAAGUAGGAAACUAACCCUGGUCCGGGGGGGGUUCAGGUGUUCUCUGGAACAGGCCUUCCUGGUCCAGGAUCAAAGCCGUUAGUUUCCUACUUUGCGGAUGAAUCCCAAACUCCAUAUCUGUGAUGAGGCAGAGAGGAUUCCACCCACACCACCAUGCAUUUUUAAAGGUUUUUAUUUUUUUACACGUACUUUCCAUGUUUUUGAGGUAAACCUUCAGCUCCCUGCGGUCACGCUCUCUGCCUUUAUGUUCAGCUCUAUUUAUUGUUACACGGACAGAGGAACAGGUCAUCACACUACACGCAUCAGAACAAAGUGUAAAUCCAAAUCUAUGAAUCAAUGCAUAUUUUCCUAGAGAUUUGAGCAAUUAUGAAUGGAAUAUAUGUAUAUGUACGUAUAUGUAUAUAGAAAUAUAUUUUUUGCAUAAUACAGUGGGGGGAUUUUGCAAACGUCAUUUGAUAUUAUUUUUCCCUCCUGAGGUUUUUAAGAUUUUAAUGUAGCCAGACUCAGGCGGUGUCUUCCCAUGGUUUGGUAUAACAAGUCGACUGUAAAAGGUAUCCUGAACGGCAUCCACACACUUCUGAGGCACUGUUUGAAAAAGCUUUAUGCAGAGCAGGGAAUUUACCUCCAACCCAGCGCUGGUCACCAUCUGAUCACAGUAUUUACUUGACAAAUACACUUUUCUGCUCUGCUUUUUGUAACAGAUCCAUUGAACGAAUAAGAAGCCGCUUUUUCCUAAAGCAUCUGGGUGAUAACUGCAUCAAGAAGCCAUAUUUCUUUGUAUCAUUUGUUACUGCAAAUGAAGAAUUCUGUGUUCUAACCCAUCUAAUUUAUUGUUUUAUUUAUUGUAUUUAUUUUAUCCAGGUACAGACAUGCCAUGUUGACUUAUCAGUUCAAACUCCAAGCCCAGAUCAUACUUACCCAAAUUAUGCCCUCCAUUCUCAAACGCAGUACCUAUUUAUUUUUACUUUUAUUCAAAUGAAUUCCAACCGGGUCAAUCUCCAGACGACUAUGCAGCUCUGUCAUACAUGUUUUAGAAUGACUGUCUAUGACUCAAAGGUCCUCUUAUGCAAACAGUUGCCUUUGUCCUAAAUGUGUUCAAAAUCAGAUGCAUUUUUCUCAAAUUUGUUCCGUAUGGCGGUGAAAUAAAUAACUCAGGCAAAUGAAAUGUAUUGAUGAAAAUACAGUAUUACGACAUGCUUAAUACCUUACCACAACACUCCUGAAGGAUGUCAUUUAGUCUGAAUGGGAGCUAGAACUUCAAAGACUAAGUAUCGUUGUAAAAUGUAUGCAUUUUUAUAUUAAACAUUGUAGCAUCUUUGUAAAUAUUUUUUAUAAUAAAAGAUGUAACAAUU